AUGGAAACCGGCCAAAGCGCGCAGGCGGCGGACUGCAUGGCGGGGGAGCACUCGGUCGGCAUGUGCGUGCCGGAGAGGGACCGGGAGAGGGCCGAGCUGUCCAGCCCCAGCCCGCCGGCCAAGCAGCGCUCUCUACGGGUGGUCUACGUGCUCAACGACGGGCUGAAGGCGGUGAUGGCCAGCAGCCCGGAGUCCGGGGCGCUGCAGUGUCUUCAGCGGGCGUGCGACGCCGAGAGCGCCCUGCUUACCACCGUCACCUUCGGACGGCUAGAUUUCGGGGAGACCUCUGUGCUUGACAGCUUCUACGAUGCAGACAUUGCUGUGGUGGACAUGAGCGACGUCUUCCGCCAGCCGUCCUUGUUCUACCACCUGGGCGUUCGGGAGAGUUUCGACAUGGCUAACAACGUCAUCUUGUACCACGAUACGGACCCCGACACGGCCCAGUCGCUCAAGGAUAUGGUUGCUCAGAAGAAUACAGCAUCCAGUGGCAACUAUUACUUUAUCCCGUACAUUGUGACCCCCAACCACGAGUACACCUGCUGCGAAAGCGACGCCCAGCGGAGAGCCAGCGAGUACAUGCAACCUAGUUGGGACAACCUCCUGGGGCCUCUGUGCGUCCCCCUGAUGGACCGCUUCACUAGCCUACUGAAGGACAUCCACGUCACAUCCUGUGCCUCUUUUAAGGACACCUUGCUUAACGAUAUCCGGAAGGCCAGGGAAAAAUAUCAGGGCGAGGAGCUAGCAAAGGAACUCUCCCGCAUCAAGCUACGCAUUGACAAUACAGAGGUCCUUACGCAGGACAUCGUCAUGAACCUGCUCUUCUCCUACAGGGACAUCCAGGACUAUGAUGCCAUGGUCAAACUGGUUCAGACGUUAGAGAUGCUGCCAACUUGUGACCUGGCAACACAGCCAAUGAUUCAGUUCCACUAUGCCUUUGCACUUAACAGGAGAAACAGUCCCGACGACAGGGAGCAGGCUCUACGAGUGAUGCUUCACGUCCUACAGUCCUGCGAGCACCCAGCGCCUGACAUGUUCUGCCUGUGCGGACGAAUCUACAAGGACAUCUUCCUGGACUCUGACUGCAAGGACACCAAGAACAGAGACAACGCAAUACAGUGGUACAGGAAGGGUUUUGAGCUACAGCCUACCCUCUACUCAGGCAUCAACCUUACUGUUCUCCUCAUAGUCGCUGGCCAACAAUUUGAGAGCUCCAUGGAACUGAGGAAAAUUGGUGUUAGGUUAAAUAGUCUUUUAGGGCGCAAAGGUUCCCUGGAGAAAAUGAACAACUACUGGGACGUGGGCCAGUUCUUCACCGUUAGCAUGCUGGCUAAUGACAUCCCAAAAGCCACACAGGCGGCUGAGAAGCUCUUCAAACUCAAGCCGCCUCUCUGGUACCUACGUUCAGUGGUGCAGAACCUAAAGCUGAUCCAGAGGUUUAAGAAACAGUCGGUGGAACAUUCCCCCCAGCGGGACAGACUCAUUUUCUGGAUGGACAUCAUUGUGGAGGCGACACAGGGAACGACCAACCGACUGCGCUUUCCUGUGCUGAUUCUGGAGCCCACUAAAGUGUACCAGCCCUCGUAUGUGUCCAUCAACAACGAGGCCGAAGAGAAAAACGUCUCCAUUUGGCAUGUCUCUCCUGCAGAAACGAAAGGCAUUCACGAGUGGAACUUCACCGCCAUGUCCAUCAAAGGCAUCAGCAUUAGCAAGUUUGACGAGCGUUGCUGCUUCCUCUACGUCCACGACAACUCUGAUGACUUCCAGAUUUACUUCUCCACCGAGGAACAGUGUGCUCGAUUCUGCUCCAUGGUGAAGGAGAUGAUAUCUGACGGAACAGGCAAUUCCGUGGAGUUGGAAGGUGAAGGAGACGGAGACACCCUUGAGUACGAGUAUGACACAGAUGAAACAGGAGACCGGGUGGUCCUGGGACGAGGCACAUACGGAGUGGUAUAUGCCGGUAGGGACGUUAGCAACCAAGUCCGAAUUGCAAUCAAGGAGAUCCCAGAAAGAGACAGCAGGUACUCGCAGCCUCUUCACGAGGAGAUCGCUCUGCACAAGUACCUCAAGCACAGGAACAUUGUGCAGUAUUUGGGCUCCGUAUCAGAGAAUGGAUACAUCAAGAUCUUCAUGGAGCAAGUCCCUGGAGGGAGCUUGUCGGCAUUGCUGCGCUCCAAGUGGGGUCCCUUGAAGGAAGCCACUAUCAUUUUCUACACCCGACAGAUCCUGGAGGGCCUGCGUUACCUGCACGAGAACCAGAUCGUCCACAGGGAUAUUAAGGGUGACAACGUUCUGGUCAAUACCUAUAGUGGUGUUCUGAAGAUUUCAGACUUUGGCACCUCCAAACGGCUAGCAGGAGUCAACCCCUGCACGGAGACCUUCACAGGCACUCUGCAGUACAUGGCUCCGGAAAUCAUUGAUAAGGGUCCUAGGGGGUACGGAGCCCCGGCAGACAUCUGGUCCCUAGGAUGUACCAUUAUAGAAAUGGCGACAGGGAAACCUCCCUUCCACGAGCUGGGAGAGCCGCAGGCUGCCAUGUUUAAGGUGGGCAUGUUUAAAAUCCACCCGGAGAUCCCUGAGUCUUUGUCCCUGGAGGCCAAGUCGUUUAUCCUACGCUGCUUCGAGCCUGACCCUCACAAGCGAGCCCUGGCUUCUGACCUUCUGAAGGACACGUUUGUGCGACACCACACCAAAGGCAAGAAGAGCAAGAUCGCCUUCAAGCCAUCAGACUAUAUUCACGUUUCACUACCGGUGCAACUGCAGUGCGAGGCGACCGGGAGCAGCAGUAGCGAACACGGCUCCAUGAGUCCCGAUUGCGACUCCAAACAUGACGUUUUCUUCCACAAAAAGAAAAGCUCUGGCUCGGAGAACCUGCUUAAACCACCAAACUCCAACUACUUGAGCGUUCCAGACGAAGGUUCGGUGUCGGAGGACCGCAGCGGCGCCCCUCCCUCACCUGAAGACAGGGACGGCGGCCUGUUUCUUCUCAAGAAGGAUAGCGAGAGGCGAGCCAUUUUAUUCAAGGUCCUCAAUGAGGACCAAGAGAAGGUCAUCUCCAACUUGAAGGAGAACUACAUCCAGGGCAGCGAGGAGAUUCAGCUGUCAGUGGAGCACAUUAAGCAGAUUAUCUGCAUUUUGCGAGAUUUUAUCCAUUCCCCGGAAAGGCGGGUCAUGGCGGCCACCAUCUCCAAGCUCAAACUGGAUCUAGACUUUGACUCAACAUCUAUCAACCAAAUUCAGCUGGUUCUCUUUGGCUUCCAGGACUCGGUGAACAAGGUCCUAAGGAAUCAUCACAUCAAACCCCACUGGAUGUUCGCCAUGGACAAUAUCAUCCGUAGAGCAGUGCAGGCCGCUAUCACCAUCCUCAUCCCAGAGCUGCAGACGCAUUUCGGGCCAGCGUCAGAAUGCGAAGGAGGCGAGAAGGACGACGAGGUAGACGAGGAGGAGACAGAUUUCGGUCCCGUCUUGGCAACGACUACCGAUGAACCCGGGACGGCCGCGGACUCCGCGCUGCACUCGGCCGGCGCCGCACCGCAUCAGUCGCACGCCCACGACCACCCGCGCUCGCACCACCACCAGAUGGGGGCGCAGCUGGGACGUCUUAAGCAGGAGACUGGGAGGCUGCUGGAGGAACUUCUGCAUAAAGAGCGUGAGUACCAGCAGGUCCUGAAGGCCACACUGCAGCAGCGAACCCAAGACCUAGACCUAGUCCGGGUCCGCCACAGGCCUCCAGACGUUUCUCCGCCGUCCAUUUUCCACAUUCCGGCCGACCACGAGCCUGAUAAGCAGCUCAGCGAUUGGCUGAAAGAGCAGGGGGCCGACCCGGACACUAUCGAUAAGUUUGCAGUGGAAGAGUACACGCUGACCGACGUCCUGAACGACGUCACCAAAGACGACCUGCGUUGUCUCCGCCUCAGGGGCGGGGUGCUGUGUCGGAUCUGGCGGGCCAUCCAGAGACAUCGGGAGCGGGCCAGGCUGAGAGGGGACGAGCGCUCGGAGGAUGAAGCGUGA